AAGCUAUGUUUAGAGUGAGACGCGGAACUACAGAUAGAUAGCGGUUCCGCUCGGACAUUUAACAGUGAUGCGCCGGAGGAUUUAGUUUUCUGCUCCUCUCAAUCUAAAAUCACAAUUUUGUUGGAUCUGAGGAGAAUAAAUCACACUAAAAGUUCUACCAUGACGCUUUUUCAUUUCGGAAACUGCGUUUCCUUGGCCUAUUUCCCAUAUUUCAUCACAUACAAAUGUAGUGGAUUAUCUGAAUAUAAUGCAUUUUGGAGAUGUGUCCAAGCAGGUGCUACCUACCUCUUUGUGCAGCUCUGCAAGAUGCUGUUUCUUGCCACAUUUUUCCCCACCUGGGAGGGGGCAGUUGGCGUGUAUGAUUUUGUUGGGGAGUUCAUGAAGGCCACAGUGGACUUGGCUGAUCUUCUAGGUCUUCAUCUGGUUAUGUCUAGGAAUGCUGGGAAGGGUGAAUAUAAGAUCAUGGUGGCAGCUAUGGGCUGGGCUACAGCCGAGCUCAUCAUGUCAAGAUGUAUUCCGUUAUGGGUGGGAGCUCGUGGCAUUGAGUUUGACUGGAAAUACAUUCAAAUGAGCUUCGAUUCCAACAUCAGUCUGGUUCAUUAUAUUGCCAUGGCAGCAGUAGUAUGGAUGUUCACUCGAUACGACCUUCCCAAAAGCUUUCGACUCCCUGUUACCGUCCUGCUGGGAUUGUGUGUUUAUAAGGGCUUUCUCAUGGAACUGUUUGUUCAUGUUUUCCUCCUGGGCAGCUGGACGGCUCUCCUAGUGAAGGCUGUGCUCACUGGUGCCAUCUCCCUGUGUUCACUCUUCCUAUUCGUCACACUCGUUCACAGCAACUAAACACUUCUACUGUACAGUGCCUUCACUCAAAGGACAUUUCAAGUAUUUGAAGAGCAAAUCUACAUUCUUACUUGGAAUACUGUUGACUUUUUUUAUAUGCCUCAAGGAGACUGUGAGAGUAUAAGCGUUGUUAGUGAACGUGUGUUUAUACUUUAUGCUAUUAACUAAAUAAAUAUUAGAUAUCAGUAUGAAGGAAUACUUGAACAGUUUUGGUAGAUAAACCAGUAAUGGUGAAACAUACACCAAGAAAAUCCUUCUUAACGACCAAGUAAUUUAUUACUAAAGAUACAUGGGAUAAAACUAAUUUGCAGAUUUUGUAUGGUAGAAUUUAAUUAUUAUAAAAUAUCACCAUAUGAACAAACUAAACCCAACAUGCAUUUUAUAUGUAUGUAUAUGUGUGUGUGUUUGUGUAUUUACAUUUUGUUGUGCUUCCUUGACAAGGAACUAUCUAGGAACAAGUUGUGUGCAUCACCUGUGGAUUAUUGUGGUAUUUUUAUCUGAUGUUUGGACUCUGCUAAUAAAAAAUAAUAAUAAAAAAACAGCAACUGGUGAUGUAUAUAAAGCAGUUUAAACUGUCUUAUUGACCAGUAAUAAAGUGUGUCAGGAAAAAACA